AUGUCAGCAGUCGACAUGUUCUGGGCUGCUCCGCCAGUCGCCAGAACCAUCACAGCUGCAGCAGUCCUCCUCUCCGUACCAACAUGGAUGGGUCUGAUAAGCCCCUACUACUCCGUCUUCGUCCGAGAUCGGAUAUUCACCCUCACGAGAAUACCUGAGAUCUGGCGACUCGUCACCCCAUUCAUCCUCACGGGACCCAAAUUCGGCCUACUCAUGGACCCGUACUUCCUGUACACGUACGGAAGCCAGCUGGAAACAGAAGCAGCGCGGUUCACUCAGCCCGGCGACUUCUUCAUGUACCUCGUCUUCGUGGCGGUAAUAAUACUGCUCCUCGGCGGCAUCUACCUCCAAGGCGUCUUCCUCCUCUCCCCCCUCACCCUAGCUCUAGCCUACACCUACGCGCAAGAAAACCCCAACCGCCAACUAAGCUACUUCAUCGUCACCUUCUCCAGCAAAUGGCUGCCCUACGCCAUGCUAGCCAUGACCUUCGUCACCGCCUCGCCGCAGGAAGCCCUGCUCCAAGCCACGGGCCUCGUGGCCGCACAUGCCUAUGACUUCGUCACGAAGAUCUGGCCGCAGUAUGGGGGUGGGAGGCAGUUCCUCACUACCCCGGUGGUGGUGAAGGGGUGGUUUGCGAAGCUGGGGGGGACGGCGCAGGCGAGAGGUGCGGGGACGGCUUUCGCGGCGAGGUCUGGCGGGACGGGGCCGGGGGCGAAUGUGCCGCCGGCACAGACGGGGAGUGGUGGGGGUUGGGCGAGUGGGUUUAGUGGUGGUGGGAAUACUGCGUGGGGUGGCCGGAGUUCGGGGAGACGUCUCGGUAGCGACUAG